UCUCUGCAAGCCUUCGUCUCAAGAUUCGAACUCUCGAUGCCUGCUUAAGAGGAAGAGGGUCUCUGGGUUCGUUGGGCGGCGGGAACAAGGAUGGGUGGUUAUGCUUUUUUCUUCUCUCUUCUUGCUCUUUUUUCAUUUUUUGGUCUGCAACUGGUUUACGGGAAUGUGGAGCUGAGAGCGCUCAUGGAGAUGAAAGUGGCUCUGGACCCUGAAAACAAGUUCCUUUCUUCUUGGACUAGUGAUGGUGAUCCAUGCAGUGGCUCGUUUGAAGGUGUUGCCUGUAACGAUCAUGGCAAAGUAGCUAAUAUCUCUUUGCAGGGGAAGGGUCUUUCUGGCAAGGUUCCUUCUGCUAUUGCUGGCCUUAAAUGCUUGUCUGGUCUCUACCUUCACUACAACUAUUUGUCUGGAGAGAUACCCAGAGAAAUUUCAAAUCUAACUGAUCUCUCUGAUCUGUAUCUUAAUGUCAAUAACCUCUCUGGGAGCAUUCCGCCUGAAAUAGGAAACAUGGCUAGUCUCCAAGUUCUUCAGCUUUGUUAUAACCAGCUGACUGGGAGCAUACCGACACAGUUAGGGUCUCUGAAGAAGCUAAGCGUUCUUGCUCUGCAAGAUAAUCGAUUAACCGGUGCGAUUCCUGCUAGCUUGGGAGAGCUGCAGACGCUAACAAGGUUGGACUUGAGCUAUAAUCACUUAUUUGGUUCAAUUCCGGCAAAACUAGCUGAUGUUCCUCAACUGGAAGUUCUAGACGUUCGUAGCAAUACUCUUUCGGGCAAUGUUCCUCCUGCUCUGAAGAAAUUAAAUGGAGGAUUCCAGUACGGGAACAACUCGGACUUAUGUGGAGUUGCUUUUUCUACUUUGAGAGCUUGCACCGCUACGGAUCAGUUGAACCCUAACAGACCAGAACCCUUUGCAUCUGGUACAAGUGGUAUUGCAACAAAAGACAUACCAGAGUCUGCAAAUGUCCGAGUGCAUUGCAACCAGACCGAUUGCUCAAAUCCAUCAAGAAGCCCUCAAGUUGCAGUUGUUGUUGGAGUUGUUGCAAUCACUGUUGCAUUGACGGUUACCGGACUUCUGACUUUCUCGUGGUACCGUCGCCGGAAACAGAAGAUCGGUAGUGCUUUUGAUUCUUCAGAGGGUCGUCUUAGUACUGAUCAGGCCAAAGAGAUCCACAGGAAGAGUGCUUCUACACUCAUCAGUCUUGAGUACUCCAAUGGAUGGGAUCCAUUGGCUGAUGGACGGAAUGUUAGUGGGUUCUCUCAGGAAGUUCUUAGGUUAUUUAGGUUCAAUCUGGAAGAGGUGGAAUCUGCUACUCAGCAUUUCUCAGAGGUGAAUCUGUUGGGGAAGAGCAACUUCUCUGCUAUCUACAAGGGGAUUUUAAGAGAUGGGUCUGUUGUUGCUAUCAAGAGCAUCAAUAAGACUAGUUGUAAGACAGAGGAAGCUGAUUUCUUGAUGGGUUUGAACAUAUUAACCUCUUUGAGACACGAAAACCUUGUUGGGUUGAGAGGUUUUUGUUGUUCCAGAGGCAGGGGUGAGUGUUUCCUCAUCUACGAUUUUGUUCCUAAUGGGAACUUGCUUCAGUAUCUUGAUGUGAAGGAUGGCAACAGCCGGGUUCUUGAAUGGUCAACCAGAGUUUUCAUCAUCAAUGGCAUUGCCAAAGGUAUUGAAUAUUUACACAGCAACAAACCUACCAAACCUGCUCUAGUUCACCAAAACAUAUCGGCAGAGAAGGUGCUCAUUGACCAGCGAUUCAAGCCUUUGAUCUCGGACUCUGGACUGCACAAGCUCCUGGCUGAUGACAUUGUCUUCUCAGUACUCAAGGCCAGUGCUGCUAUGGGAUACCUAGCUCCAGAGUACACUAACACUGGCCGAUUUACCGAGAAGAGUGAUGUUUACGCAUUUGGGGUAAUCGUAUUCCAGAUCCUCGCUGGAAGAAGGAUGAUCACCCAGUCAAUGCGAAUUGGAGCUGAAUCAUGCAAGUUUGAAGAAUUCAUGGAUAAGCAUCUUGAUGGGAAGUUCCUUGAAGCUGAGGCAGCUAAACUGACGAGAAUAGCAUUGACUUGCACACAUGACUCACCUAACCAUAGGCCCAACAUGGAAACUGUGGUUCAAGAACUGAACAAAUGCAGUAGCAGUUCUUGAUAAUCCAUGGAGCCCUACUUGGCUGUGAAAAUUUUUCAGAAAGGGGAGGUGUAAAGUGGAGAGAUGGGGACAUCACUCACUAACCAAUGACCACUCAUUGAUGCUGAACCUUUUAGUUCUUGAUUCUUCUGUGCUGUAUCCGUCCCCUUCUUGAGGACUGAGGAUUGUGAAUGUUAAUUUGUUUUUCUA